GUGGUAUCCCCGCGAAAUGUUCUCCGCGUACCCACUCUUUCGAUUCACGGGCUGAUCUUCCCCGGAUACGUCACGUCGUCAUGACCCGUACCGGCUUCCUCGAUUGGGCUCUGGCGCCUAUGUCGGAUGUGUGUGAUGGACUUUGCAAAGACUACAUUAAUCAUGAGCUCGCCUUGUAUACAAAACAACCGACACAUUCUGAUCUGUGCCGUCUAGUACUGGUACUUGGGCUUCGUUGAAGCUUGCAGAUUUACUUGCACCCGUUGAAUACGAUUGGAAUCAGCCAUGGGUGUCCUCGAGCUGCGAGGGAAGAAGCUCAUAGCGAUCAUACUCAUGACCGCUGGCUUCGACUUUCUGCUUGUCGGAUAUGAUCAAGGCCUGUUCGGCGGUAUCCUCGGCGGAGAACGCUUCAAGAACACGCUCGGGAACCCGAAUCCAACGAUGACUGGGCUCGUCACUGCGAUAUACGAUAUUGGAUGCGCGUUAGGAGCUAUAUUUGCCUUCAUGUUCGGGGAGCAAAUCGGUCGAAAGAAGUCGAUCAUUCUAGCCAAUAUCAUCGUCAUCAUUGGCGCCUCCGUACAGACUGCGUCUUUCGAAUACUGGCAGAUGUUUGUGUCCAGAAUCAUAGGCGGUAUCGGUGUGGGCUUCUCGACGGUCGCCAUUCCGAUCUUGCAGUCUGAGACACUGCCUGCCCACAAGCGCGGUGCGCUGCUCGUCGUGCAGUCUGCGUUGAUCAUUAUUGGUGUUGCGCUUGCUUCAUGGCUGUGCUUUGCCUGCCUAUACGCAAACAGCUCGCUCCAAUGGCGGUUUCCGGUAUCAUGCCAAAUCCUGUUCUCGCUACUAGUACUGAGCUUGUCGCCUUGGCUUUGCGAAUCGCCCCGUUGGUUGGCUCAGCGUGGCAGGGUCGAAGAGGCCAGAACCAUCAUCAGCCGACUACUUGAUAAGCCUCUCGACGAUGACCAGGUUAUGGGCCAACUCCAAGAGAUCCUCGACGCCAUUGAAGCUGAGAAGGACGAAGAAAAGCCCUCGUGGGGCGAGGUCUUCAGCAACGCCACCAAGACGCGCAACCUACACCGCGUGAUUCUCGGAAUGGGGCCGUACAUGAUGAAUCAGUGGUCCGGGGUAAACGCACUAUGCUACUACCUUGCCUACAUCCUCGAGAACUACAUGGGUUACUCCCCCAGCAUGGCCCUCAUCCUUGCCUCCGUCGCCUUCACCCAAUAUGCCGUCUUCUCCUGGCCGCCAUACUUCUACAUCGAUCGCAUUGGCCGACGCUGGUCCGUCAUGCUAUCCUCCGGCGGCUGCGCCAUCUGCAUGGCCAUCAUCGCCGGCGGCCUAGCCAAAAACAGCUUCUCCAGCGCCGCCGCAGCCGUCGCCUUCAUCUUCCUCUACCUCGACUGCUUCACCUCGGGCAUCCUCCCCGUCUCCUGGUCUUACUCCUCCGAAAUCCAGCCCCUCCGCGUGCGCAACAAAGCUACCGCCGUCGGCGUCUUCUCCCACUGGAUCAGCAACUUCGUAGUCGUCAUGGUCACGCCCAUCGGGCUCGACGCUAUCAAGGGGAACUACUUCUGGGUCUGGGCGGUCAUCUGCGCGUCGUUUGUGCCGCUGACGUAUUUCUUUGGUGUGGAGACGUCCGGGCGGACACUUGAGCAGAUUGAUGCUAUGUUCUUCAAUGAGCCGAGACUGCUGAUGGGCUUGAAUCCCGAGAACAGGAGGGUGGUGAGGGGUGGACGGAUGGACGAGGAGCAGAGGUACACGGACCUUGCCCAUCGGAAGGAGAAGGAGGAGGUUGUCAUGUCGGAGAGGGUGUCGGAGAGUAAUUAGCCGUCUUUGACUUUGGCAGGGAGAGGUCACAGUUGGAAUUGGCGGUCAAGGUCCUGUAGCUUCGAAGCACGUGUCCGGAAAGAUAGAAUCACUGAGGACUGUCAGCAACGUCCC